AUGGACAUCACCGUCAACAUUGUUCAGACCCCCGCGAUGCUUCUCGUGGCUGAUUUUGCAGGAGAUCGACAGACAACGGGGGCAGCUCUCGGCAUGGCGUGGGCUACGCUAGGAGCGAUUUUAAUUGCCGGGUACAUCGAGUUCUUUGGGGCUGCAUACAAAACGCUACACUGGUUCAUGGGCAUGUUAUCUGUGACCAUGUUCAUCUGUGUGGGUCAUCGUGCGCUCGAGUCAAGAAAGCACGCGUUCGCUUCCGUAUAUCACGGCAUCCGCGCGCUCCCUACAGCGCUUGCGAUCUACUGGGUGGCCUUCUUCUUCGUCCAGUACGGCUACACGGCCUACAAUGGCAACAAGGGUCAGCUCUUCGGCUUGCAAGUCUACGGCGGAGUCGUUGCCGGGGGACGUGCUGACCUUCUCUACAACAUCGUAGGAUACGUUGGGUUCUCACUGUCUCAACUGUCCCCCAAGUGUUUUACACGGCCAUGGCAUGGACCAGUAGCAGCAUGA